AUGGAAAACAAUCUUGCACCACUUUGUCGAAGGAAAAUUAAGAAACGCCCACCAACAACUCAAAAAAUUAAUACCUCUUUAUUACCUCCUAAAUAUGAUUUACUUUCAUUUAUUCAAAUUUCAGAAAUUCCUUCAAAGUGUCAACAACAAACUCUUCACUUAUUUUGUGUUUCUGGAGAAAUCAUAUCAUACAUUCAUCACACAAACAAACCUGCUUUUGUCACUAUUGGAAAUGGAACAUAUAGUCUUGUUUUAAAGUUUUUACCAAAUCUAUUUAAUCCAGAUGUUCCAAGUUUGUAUUGCAGAGCUCUAAAAGAAGAUGUAUGUGUUCCCCAUAAUAAAAUAAUUGUUGUUAACCCUGCUGUUUGUUCUUGUGUGAUUUCAAAAGAGAAUCCACACCAAAUAAUAUUAGAAUUAUUUGACUUUUCUAACCCAUUAAUUUCGCUAACUCAAAUAUGGAUAUAUCAUGACUCUUUAAAGUACAUUUUUUUUCCAGGAGGUUCAGGUAAUUGUUAUAGUAGUAUGAGUCCUAUAGAUCGUUCUUUUUGUUCAAAUAUUAAUUAUUUAUCAGGAAAAGGAGAAAUUAAUGAAAUUAGUGAUUCAAUUGUUCAUAAAUGGAGAGUUCAAGGUUAUUUCUAUGAUUUUGUUGGAUAUGUUUUAUUUCCUGUUAAACAAAUAAAUGGAAAGAAAUAUGUUUCUUUCUUUAUAGGUUAUAAUGAAACAGUUAUUAAUCGUUAUAUGUCAGAUAAACAUGAAUACCUUCAAGGAUUAGAUCAAAUGAUUGGAAUUGGUGAUUUAUAUUAUCUCGAAUAUAAAGAAGAAAUAAGGGUUAAUGAAAAUACUUGGGUUAAAGUAAUAAAUGGAGAGUUUCUUUUCAACUCUACUUCAGAAAUUGGUAUAGAUUUACCAAAUGGAUAUAUGGAAACUCUAGUCGUAAAUGAUCCUCAAGUUUCUCGUAAGAAAGUUGAAAUUAUUAAAAAUGCUCUUUCUGUUAAUCCUCAAUUUGGUUCUGAGUUAAUCACAAGAAUGUCUAAUGAACCAGAAUUAAUUUAUGGAAUAAAAUCACAGUGUAGUGAUUCAGAUGGAGAGGAUAUUAUUAAAAAAACAUUAGAUAAAAUACUUUUACAACCUAAAGAUGAUCUCUUAAUAACAAUUGAUGAAAAUGAAUUAAAUAAAUCUAUCUUAAAUAAAAAAGAUGUUGAUAAUGAGUCAUUCAUUCCAUCAUUAAAUACGUCUCAUGUUAAUGACACAGAACAAGAUCAUUGUUUAGUUAAUAAACAAAAUUUCAAUCAGUUAACAGAUAAUAUUGUUGGUUUGCCUUCUAAAAACGAAAAUGCAUUAAUGGAGACAAAUAAAGCUAGUAUUGAUUUAGAAAGAGAUGAAGAAGAAAAUAAAGAUGAUAAUUGCCAUUCUUCACAAAUACACCAAUCUGAUAUAGACUCAAUAAUUAAUGAAUUAGACCAACAAAUAUCCAACGAAGAUAGAACUAAAGAAAAUAAAGAAGAAAAUGUCUUAUUUAAAUUUGAUCAAAAUACACAAACAACUCAAUCAAGAAAUACUGAAACAUCAACAACAAUUUCUCCAUUACUUAUUCAAGAACUAUUAGAUAUAAAAGAAUAUAAUUCUCAAGACAAUGUAUUAAAAGAACAAGAAGUUGUUAAAGAUAAAACAAAAAAGAAAAAAAGUAGUGAAAUUAAGAUGAAGUUGUUAUUUCCACCAAAACUAGACAACGAUGAAUGGAAAGAAAAACCAAUUGAAACCAAAAGGAAGUGGUUGUACGAUAAAAUGAAUAAUAACAAUGACUUUAUUAGUAGUCAAGAGGUGUUCUGUUCUUCUACUCCUGUUGUUCCCAUUAAUAACAAUUCUAUUAAAAUAGAAUCACAAAACCUCUCACAGAUUAAAGAAAUUAAAAAACAACAAGAUGAAUCAGAAAAAGAGAUUAAAUUAGAAGAAUUACUGUUACCAACUCAAUCUGAAGAGGUAUUUAACGAAAAUGAACAAAGAAAAAGAAAAAAAGAAACGAGUGAACUAUCUCCAAAACGAAGUUUAGAAGAAAUGACCCAAAACGAGGACUUAAUUAAUCAGUUAAACUAUAUUAAUCCAAAAGAAUGUUGUUGGAAAUCAGUUCAAUUUUCUAAAUAUAAACUAGAAUGUGAAAAAGAAAAUGAUCUUUUUAUUCAACAAGGUCAUUUCAGUUUAUAUUUACAAGAAUUAAAUUCUAAAUCUACAACAAUUUAUCAACUUUCUCAUCAAUUAAAUGUUUGUUGUUUAAUAUCUAUUAUUAUAAAUUGUACUGUUUUUAUUAACUAA